AUCAGUCUCAAGGCGCCAACACUGUAAUGAGCAUGCAGUCUCGCUGUAUAUGUUGCUUAGUUCCUCUGCUCUCAUCAGCCUUCCUGGCAGCAAUCUCAUCAGCUUCCUGGCAGUAAUCUCAUCAGCAUUCCUGGCAGCAAUCUCAUCAGCUUCCUGGCAGCAAUCUCAUCAGCUUCACUUAGCUGCAGCUCUGGUUACGGAGGGACGCUUUCACACCUGGAUGUCAUCAGAUUCUCAGCUAACAGGGCCCCUUAUUCACCAUUCUCCAAAA